GUCGUAGUUGGGAACAGGAAGUUCCGGGUAGAAAACGACAGAACUGUGCUGUUAUGUCUAUAGUGGUUGUGUCCGUUUCAAAUGUAUUAUUACAGACCGACUCAGAUUAAGUCUGAGUCCGUUAACAUAAACAGCGAGGUCAAACCUACAGUCACUGGGUCCUGAUUGUGACAGUGGACCCCAGUUUGCACUGCAGGAUCCAGAGAUGGCAUCAGUGAAGCUGGAAGACUGCAGUCAAACACUGGAGCUGAAUGUCAUCAUUAAAGAUGAAGAAGAGGAGGAGGAGAUUGGUACAUCUGUUAGUCAUGACCGACUCCGAUUAAGUCUGAGGCCGGUAACAUCAACAGUGAGGACAAACCCAGCCUGCCUCUCUCCUUCCACACUGAGUCCAAACCUACAGUCACAGGGUCCUGAUUGUGACAGUGGAGCCCAGUUUGCACUGCAGGAUCCAGAGAUGGCAUCAGUGAAGCUGGAAGACUGCAGUCAAACACUGGAGCUGAAUGUCAACAUUAAAGAGGAGGAGAAGUUUAGGACAACUGUUAGUCAUGGAGACCAUGUUGAGAUAUUCUCUACAUCCAGAGAGCAACAGCAGGAAGAUCACAGAGCUAAGAGGUCUCACCACUGCCCACAUUGUGAAGAGAUUUUCCCAUUUCUAUCAAAGCUAAAAAUACACCUAAAAAUACACACAGGAGAGAAGCCUUACUCCUGCUCUGACUGUGGAAAAUGCUUCAAAACAUCAACGGUGCUAAAACUUCAUCAGAGAACACACACAGGAGAGAAGCCUUAUUACUGCUCUGACUGUGGAAAACGUUUUAAAACAUCAACUCAGCUAAAAGUUCAUCAGAGAACACACACAGGAGAGAGGCCUUUCUUCUGCCCUGACUGUGGAACUAGUUUCUCUCAACUUUCCCACUUAAAAACACAUGAACGUAUACAUACAGGGGAGAAGCCUUAUUACUGCCCUGACUGUGGAAAACGUUUUAAAACAUCAAAUGAGCUAAAAGUUCAUCAAAGAACACACACAGGAGAGAAGCCUUACGUCUGCUCUGACUGUGGAAAAUGCUUCACAACAUCAACUGAUCUAAAAGUUCACCAGAGAACACACACAGGAGAGAAGCCUUAUUCCUGCUCUGACUGUGGAAAGAGUUUUUCUCACCAGUGCAACUUAAAAACUCACCAACGUAUACAUUAAGGAGAAAAGCCACAUCAGUUCUCUCAGACCAGCCACCAGUCACUCCAUCACUUAAUUCUCAUCUCAUAAAGGAAGUGGUAACAUUGAAUGAAGCUUAGAACACUAUUGUAAUCUUAUUGUUUCUCACUGUGAGAGAACUGUCCAGUGGAAAGGAAGAGUUCUAGAAUGUUAGCCUCUUUACUUUACUGAUUAGUGUGCUCCUUUAGUUUUGGUGUGCUUUGUUAGAUUCUACUGUAAACAUAUUGAGAUGACCUUGGAUUUGCCCGUAGUGUUGAAUACCCUCUGUGAGGCUUCUCAUUUUAAAAACAAACACAGGCUGUGUUUGAAUACUCAUACUAACCACACUAUUUGUGACGUGGAGUAUAUAGUAUGCUUAUUGGUCAUAGUAUGGAUAUAGUUAGCAUCCAAUUCGCCAAAAUACGAAGUAUACACACAAAGGACACUUUAUGUACUUUUAGGGCCCAUAAUGCAAUUCCUCAACAAAAAAAAGGGGGUGUCGCUUCACGUGUUCAGAUUUGAAGAAAAUGGGGGGAAAAUAUGCAGCCAAAGUCCGUUGAGAGCGAAUACAAAUUCAUUUCUUUAACUAAUUAUGACAAAUGUUAAGAAAAUGUUGAGCAAUGUAAUUAAGUAAUGACUUUUCUAAUAAGUUACGUUACACUUUAUGUUGGCUGACAAUUUGUUAGCUACGCUAUCCUUAGGAACUGCAUAGCAUUACAGCAGUAUGUACUGGUAUGUUAGCUACGCUAUCCUUAGGAACUGCAUAGCAUUACAGCAGUAUGUACUGGUAUGUUAGCUACGCUAUCCUUAGGAACUGCAUAGCAUUACAGCAGUAUGUACUGGUAUGUUAGCUACGUUAUCCUUACGAACUGCAUAGCAUUACAGCAGUAUGUACUGGUAUGUUAGCUACGCUAUCCUUAGGAACUGCAUAGCAUUACAGCAGUAUGUACUGGUAUGUUAGCUACGCUAUCCUUAGGAACUGCAUAGCAUUACAGCAGUAUGUACUGGUAUGUUAGCUACGCUAUCCUUAGGAACUGCAUAGCAUUACAGCAGUAUGUACUGGUAUGUUAGCUACGCUAUCCUUAGGAACUGCAUAGCAUUACAGCAGUAUGUACUGGUAUGUUAGCUAACGUGAGUUGGAUACUAAUAUUGUUACAUGGAACUUGCCAGGCAGUAUAUUAACUAACUAACUAACCAACAUUUAUUGACUUGAUUAUUCACAUCAUUCUAUACUGUAGUCAUUGUGUGUUUCAAUGGACAUUGUUAAUUCUGGCUAUCUACUCCGAUUUCAGAACACUCUUGCGCAGAAUGACUGAUGAAUUUACAAACGCUCAACACCCGUCGAAUAUAGCUGGUGUCAAUAAACAUCGGCAAAAGAAAGCCUAAUAAGUUAUUGCUAGCAGUCACCAACUCUCUGGAUUACAUGAAAACAGUCUAACCAGUUCUGCUAUGGCAAGUAAAAUGGUCAGUGAGGUGUUCUCUCAUUUGUGUUUGGAAGUAGCUAGCAAACAUUAGCCAGUUAGCUUGGGUGCUUGACUGCCGUUGAAUGCUCGGAUCUACUCUACUCCUCAGCUAGACCGUCCAGUGUGGCUCUGAACGCUCCGAGAGCGAAACGCUCUGAAUUUAUGAACGCCCAGAGCGCACUCUGGCACUCCAGAUUGAAUUUACAAACACACCCCAAAUCUUCAAAUGUUUAGCUAGUUAUUUGUUAUGCUAGCAAGAGGUUGCAUAGCAACAGCAUCCGGAAGACAGGCAAAGCUCUCGUACGCUCGACUGAAACUAUACCGUUCGUUCACAGUAUACUAAAAUGAACUUAUAGUAUGCAGUAUAUACUCAUUUAGUAUACAGUAUGUUAGUAUGGGUAUUCGAACACAGCUAUAGUCUGCCAGUUGACUGGGUGUUACUGCUUCCCUCUCAGCCUGGUCUGAUUCUGUCUGUUGGGAGAGUUUCUCUACAGUUUUACUGUUUUACUUGUUUUUAUUCAGGUGCCAGUGUCUCAGUUGCUAUGGUGCCCUGAGGACAAACAUUCCAUCAAUACAACCAAAACAAAAAUAUAUCUUUUUUUUUUUUAGCUACAAGACAGCUAUAAAUACAUAACAUCAGGUUAUUACAAUAAGUUAUAAUAGUCAUUUGAAACAAUUGCACACUUCAGUGAACUCAUUUAACAACAGUUGUGAACUGCUCUAUCGGCACCAGGGAAUCCAGCUGGAAUUUGUUUUGUAAGGUAUUCUAUAACUGUGAUGCGUUAACUAAAGGUGGAUUUACCAAACUUUGAAGACGAGCGGGGACCAACCCUGCGAACGGGUCUGGUAUCUCAUCUUUAAUAUUUCAAGAGGGAAGUGAGGUAUGUUGGAAGCUUGUGGAGAUGGAAGCUUUGUAAACGAGAAGGGAGUAAUGAAGGGAUCUAUGGGACUUCCAUGAGGAAGUGACCUCUUGACCUUCUGAUACAGGAUGCAAUGAUGAGUAUUAAAACUGUCACCUGUAAUAAAGCAAAGGGUGCUAUGGUAGACGGCAUCCAGUGGUUUAAGAGUAGUGGCUGCUGCAUUCUGGUAAAUGGUGUCACCAUAUUGAAUAACUGUCAGGAUUGCAUGAAAACACAAAUGUAUGCAUUUUAACUAAUUAGCAACUUUGCAACUACUUACUACUUCUUAGCAUGCAACUACUUAGCAUGUUAGCUAACUCUUCCCCUAAUCUGGCUAACUUUAGCAACAACAAAUUGGAAUUCGUAAUAUAGUACAAAUUAGUAACAUAUGUUACGCAUUGCUAUUCAUACAAUAUGGACGGCAGGGUAGCCUAGUGGUUAGAGUGUUGGACUAGUAACCGGAAGGUUGCAAGUUCAAACCCCCGAGCUGACAAGGUACAAAUCUGUCGUUCUGCCCCUGAACAGGCAGUUAACCCACUGUUCCUAGGCCGUCAUUGAAAAUAAGAAUUUGUUCUUAACUGACUUGCCUGGUUAAAUAAAGGUUAAAAAAAUAUAUAUAUAUGAAUUGUCAUUUUAACAUACCAUAUGUCCUAUAAUUUUAUAUUAUACGACCAUUAUUACAUUGGUAGGCCAACAUAACAUAUCAUACUAAACGGAGUAACACAAAGUUUUGUAACAUAUAAUAGGUUUUGCUCUGAGACCAGGUUGUCCCUCUCAGUUCUCUAUGGGAAUGAGUUAGUAGACAACAUGUAUCAGAUAGAGAUGGUGUGAUGAUCACUUUUCACCAUUAGUUUGGGGGGAUUAUUUUACAACUUUAUUUAAUGAUACACAGGUUAUGAAAUGAAUACAUGUGUUUAUUAAUUGUCUUUAAAACUAGAUGAGUUAUUUUAGUUACUGAUCAUGAAUGUGUUUGGAUAACUGCAUUGAAGCAAACUUUAUUGAUCUGCCAAUGAAAAAUAAAGUUACAUGAAUAUGUA